AGAGAGUUUUGAAUCCUAGUUCGCAAAGCUCGGUCAGUAAACAGUCAGGAAAGGUGAAUGCGUCGUGCUGGAUGUUCGCAGUGUAUCAUACGCAAUAGUAUCGAGAGGAGACCAAGGAAUCCGUAAUACCGAGUAGAUUGUACUCCGUAUCCUAGCCUCUCUAUCGUCAUGGAGAAGUCGCAGAAGAUGCCGAAGGUGGCGAAGGUGAAGAACAAAGCGCCCGCGGAGAUACAGAUCACCGCGGAGCAGCUGCUGCGCGAGGCGAAGGAGCGCGACCUGGAGAUCCUGCCGCCGCCGCCGAAGCAGAAGAUCUCGGACCCGCACGAGCUCGCGGACUACCAGCAUCGCAAGCGCAAGGCGUUCGAGGACAUCAUCCGCAAGAACCGCAUGGUCAUCACCAACUGGAUGAAGUACGCGCAAUGGGAGGAGAGCCAGAAGCAGAUACAGCGGGCGAGAUCGAUCUACGAGCGGGCGCUCGAGGUCGAUCAUCGGAACAUCGCGCUCUGGCUCAAGUACACCGAGAUGGAGAUGCGCAACCGGCAGGUGAACCACGCGAGGAAUCUCUGGGACCGGGCGGUCACCCUGCUGCCGCGCGCCAAUCAGUUUUGGUACAAGUACACGUACAUGGAGGAAACGCUUGAGAACAUCGCCGGGGCGCGCCAGGUGUUCGAGCGAUGGAUGGAAUGGGAGCCGGACGAGCAGGCCUGGCAGACGUACAUCAAGUUCGAGCUGCGCUAUAAGGAGAUCGACCGGGCGCGGCAGAUCUACGAGCGCUUCGUCAUGGUACACCCGGACGUGAAGCACUGGAUCAAGUACGCCCGCUUCGAGGAGUCGUACGGCUUCAUCAGGGGCGCGCGCGCAGUCUACGAGCGCGCUGUCAACUUCUACGGGGACGAGGGCUUGGACGAGAGACUGUUCCUGGCGUUUGCUAAGUUCGAGGAGGGCCAGCGAGAGCACGAUCGCGCUCGCAUCAUCUACAAGUACGCGCUCGAGCACAUCCCGAAGAGCAAUACCCAGGAGAUCUACAAGGCGUAUACGAUACACGAGAAGAAGUACGGCGACCGUUCGGGCAUCGAGGACGUGAUCGUUAGCAAGCGAAAGCACCAGUACGAGCAGGAGAUCAAGGAGAACCCCUCGAACUACGACGCGUGGUUCGACUACUUGAGACUGGUCGAGUCUGAGGGUAACGUCGACGUGAUCCGCGAAACGUACGAGCGAGCGAUCGCCAACGUGCCGCCCACCAAGGAGAAGCAGUUCUGGCGUAGGUACAUCUACCUGUGGAUUAAAUAUGCUCUCUUCGAAGAACUGGAGGCCAAGGACGUCGAGCGGUGCCGGCAGGUGUACAAGGUGUGCCUGGAGUUGAUCCCGCACAAGCGCUUCACCUUCUCCAAGAUCUGGCUGCUUUACGCGUACUUCGAGAUACGACAGAAGGAUGUGACCAAGGCGAGAAAGACUCUGGGUCUGGCGCUGGGAAUAUGCCCGACGGACAAGCUGUAUCGGGGCUACAUCGAUCUGGAGAUACAGCUGGUGGAGUUCGAUCGAUGCCGCAAACUGUACGAGAAGUUCCUCGAGUUCGGGCCGGAGAACUGUACCACGUGGAUGCGAUUCGCCGAGCUGGAGACGCGACUGGGCGAGCUCGAUCGUGCCCGGUCGAUAUACGAGUUCGCGAUUGCGCGGCCGAGGCUGGACAUGCCGGAGCUGUUGUGGAAGUCGUACAUCGACUUCGAGAUUGCCCAGGGCGAGACUGAGAACGCCCGACAGCUGUUCGAGCGACUGCUGGAGCGCACGUUGCACGUCAAGGUCUGGAUCGCGUACGCCAAGUUCGAGCUGCUGAAUCCGCAGCUGGAGGACAAUCCCGACAACGUUGUUCUGGCGAGACGGAUCUUUGAACGUGGCAACGACUCUCUGAGAGCCAACGGCGACACCGAGAGCCGAGUAUUACUGCUUGAGGCCUGGAAAGACUUCGAGAGCGAGAAGGGCACGCCCGAAACCCUCGCGAAGAUCGUAGAGAAGAUGCCGCGCAGAGUGAAGAAGAAGAGGCGCGUGGUGGGCGAGGACGGUAGCGACGACGGCUGGGAGGAGGUCCUCGAUUUUGUAUUUCCAGAGGACGAGUCACAGAGGCCGAACCUCAAGUUCCUGGCUUCUGCAAAGGCGUGGAAAAAGCAGGCCGAGCAAUCUCAGUCCUGAGACAAUUAAAUUCCAUUGCGAAAUUUUAUAUUGUUAUGAAAAAGAACUAAGCGCAACAUGUAAUUAAUUAAGAGAACUUUUGAGAUUGAGAUAAAUUCUCCAUUUACUUUGUGACUGUAAAAAUACGCAUAUUUUAUAUCAGAGGACAGACGAGAGCAUGCAACAAAUGGAUUGUUUAUUAUUUAUGUAUAUAUAAACUGUGAUAUUUUACUAUCAUAAGAAAUAUUUGUUUGUACCUCGUCAUAUCACACAUGUAAAUAGUUCGUUCAUAUAAAGUCUUCACAUUAAAUUUGAUCGUAAUUG